GAGGCCGAAACUCCGUUGUCACCCGAAAUCCUCCGGCCGGCCGUUCAUUGACACGGUUUUCCGCGGCGCGGAGGAUGACGUUGCAACAGCAAGGACGUUGCACGUCGGGCGUUAUUCCUGUCCCCGAGGGGAGCACUCGGCCGAGCGGGGAGAGAGACGGCCGACGAAAAGCACCGGAAGAGGGUGAGAGCGUGAGAGGAGGUCGGUCGCCGCGCGGAGCGGGUCUGCGCGUGCUCCACGUUCCACCGCCACCCUCUGUUGCCACGAGCGCGACGCCGACGGGGUUGUAAGCCGAUAUUGUCGGGCAGGCGCAUUGCCCGGUGACAGUUCGGGGAAGGAAGAUGACAAUGAAAGGACAUAUAUAAUAUAAAUCCGCGUACGAACGCACGUUAACCUCGGGGCGGCUGGCUGAUCGCCUCUGGCUACCGCCGAGGAUGCGAGAGAGCCCGCGAUGAGAGGGGAAACGCGCGUGUGAAAAGAGAAUCCGCAUCGGCGACGACCGUCGCGCGACUGAUAUUCCCACCCGACGAGGCUCGGGGCCGUCGCACACCGUCGCAGGGGACGAGUCCUCCGGUAACGCCGAGAGGAAUCAUGAACAGCUCGCCGCAGAAUACGGAGGUGGCCGGGCAACAGCACCGGGCCGGCGGCGGCGGCGUCGUCGAGAACAGCGACGAGGAGGAAUGGAGUGGUGUCGUGGAAUGUGCUGUGCUGGAGAGGUCGAAGUCGGAUCGGGUGACGCGAACGGAUGAAGACAGACGUCGCCGCACCAUUAUCGUCGAGAAGAAGAAUGGCACGUACGGUUUCACGUUACAGAGCUACGGCAUCCACUACAAGCGGGAGCAGGAAAUCGAGAUGGUCACCUAUGUGGACUACGUCGAGUACGACGGGCCGGCGUUUAAAGCCGGCAUGCGGGAGGGCGACGUGAUACUCUCUAUAAACGGCCACGAGAUGGACAGAGCCGACCAUAAGACGUUGGUUAACUUCAUAAAGAACUGUGAUACUAGGAUGCGAAUGGUGGUGUCCUUCGAAGACUGCGUGAGAAAGGUGGAACUGCAUAUGCGUUACAUCGAGUUACAACGCGCACUCCAAUCCCGGCUCGGCGAGCUGGAGAGGCUGUGCGAAAGGGAACGGUCCAUUUUGAUGGGCCGAUGGAAAACCCAUUCACUGCCAGCACGCAAGAGGACGCCUAACAGUAUGAUGGCCAGCAACCCCAACCAGCCAUCGCCGUCGUCCAGCUUCAACUCCUCGACGAUUCAGUGCUGUCGACCGGCUACAUCUACGGAACACCUAUUACUCUACAACGUGUUCUCCGACGGUCGGCCAUGUUUAGUACCACGGAAUGCCGCUUGCCUGGUAGCAGUGGGACCGCCACGGUCCCGCAGCGACCAUCACCAUUUCCUCUCGAAGAUGUCGAGCGACUCAGGAGUAGCGACCUCGUCGCGCCACAGCUACCACCAAGCGAACGGCAUGAGCAGCACCCCGGCGAAAUCCAAGUCGCACAAGUCCUGCCAACAGCAGCAGCAGCAGUCGAGCUCCACCGGGGAGCCCCCUCUCCACGCGCCGCCACAGAACAACCUCUGCGUGGCGUGCAUCUCGAGCACGAACCGCCGCAGAGAGCAAUCCGACAACGGCAGCUUGGACGCGUACGACCUGGCCAGUCCAUGCUGCGACCCCAACUGCGUCCCUAGCCGGCGCCGCCGGGAGAAACAGAGACGGGCUCGAACCGAGCAGAAUCAUCAUCAGCAACAGCAACUGCAACAACAACAACAACAACAACAACAGCAACAUCAUCACGUACAACGAGAACAGCCGCAACAGGCGCAACAGCCUCAACAACACGGUACGCACAAUUGCUCGCGCACGUCCGGUCACAGUCUGCACUCCAUCACAAGUAGCGACGUGUCGACCAUCGCCGACAGCGUUGCCUCCUGCACAACAAGUCUAAGCACGGAUACUCUGUACUGGGAUCCGACCAACGUUCAUCAACGACCACCGCCGUGCCUUCAGUACGCCAAGCCGAAGUCCUGGGACAAUCUGACUACAAAGGCGUUCGGUGGUUACGGAUUCGGAUACGGAUACUUGGACACGGCUACCAUAAAGACGCACAGCGCCGAGAGGCCCGGUAAAGGCUCCCAUGGGCGAGCGAAAACCCCGACUGGCACCGUUCAAAGAAGAACGAGCACCAGCACCACCUACUCCGGGAGCUCCGGCAGGCAUUUCCAACCGACGAAGUCUACCGAGAGCUUGUUGAUACCGCCACCUUAUCAGGCCGAGUUGGACGCCAGCCUAAGUUGCGAGUGUCUGGAUGGACCCACUCCUCGGUGCGUGCCGGUCGUGCAAAUAGAGAAACAUAACCGGCAAGAGGACGCCGGGUACAUCAUCAGCACGCACGCUCAAGUUAGACACCGGCGGUCUAGUCAUUCCGAUGGGAAGCUGAGGGCUCUAAACAACUCAGAAGUAACUAGAUUGUAAACGCUCCUUGCUGAUCGAUUGGAAGCGGACACCGUACAUACCCCAUUGAAAUGUUUCGUAUGUUUAUUGUAUCGGAUACCGGACAACAACGGUCCGAAUCGCCGGAUCUGUUCUCGUUCGAAUUUUUGUAAUCAGCUUUUUAUCGAUGGAAACCUGUUGGUAUAACGUGUAGGGGAGUAUUUAGCAUUUUAUUCGCCGAACGAUUCCGGAACGGACCAGAUUUUUUGAAGGGAUUUUUAAGGGUACUCACGUGUACACGAUUCUUUUGCGCAUUUCGUUGAUAGAGGUGUCGUCUGACCAAAUAAUUUUCUAAUCGUUUUUUCCGGACGACUGACACGGCACAUCGAUGCUGGCACCGUUUUGAAAAGAAUCCUUUUUCCAAGUUUUUUAUCGUUGGUUGAUCGUGCGACCGGUCGUGGACAGUUUUAAACUGUGGUAAAUAUUAAACAAGUAAUAUCGUCGUUAUCGUAUAAAAAUGAAUAGAUUAUCAAAGUAUAUUAUUUCGAAAAUAAAAGUGAUAUAAUCAUCCUGUAAUUCCUCAUU